AAGAGUACCAAGAAGAAGAGGAAAAAUAGAAAGAAUACCAAAAAGAGGAAGAAUAAAAAUAGAAGAAGAAGCAGGAGAAAUAGUACAAAAAUAAGCGAAAAGAGAAGAAAAAGUAUUCAAUUGAAGUGGUUAUCCAUCAAUUUAGAAGGAAAACAACUAGCAGCAAUGGGUUUAGAAAGGAUUUAAAGAUAUGUAUAGGCAUAAGGGAUGAGAUGCUUUUGUACACAGUGGAAGAGAAAGAGAGACUGGCAACUGUCAGUAAAGAGAUGUGAACCUCACACACAGAGAGAAACAAGGAGAGAAAAUGUGGCAGAGUGAUGAAAAAAAAGGAGAGUUGAGAGAGAGAGAGAGAGGAGAGGAAGAAGGGGUUAAAAAUCAGAUGGUGAGGAAACAGAAGGUGGAGUUAGGGCUAGAGAAAGAGGAGCAUGAGGCAGAAAAGUAUAUAGCCUCUUUCUCUCUCUCUCGGAGUAUAGAGAGAAUGAGGAGAAGGUAGUCGUUGCUCCAUGAGUGAGGAGAGGAUGAGGAUUGGGUGGUAAAUGACGUCACGUUGCUAAAGCGACACGGCAACGCUAAGCGUCUGCGUGGGUCGACGGGUGUCUGGGACGAGAUCAAUAACGUUGCGAGGAGCACAAACCAGGUAGUCGGUGUGAGUGGCUCUAGGCUCAUCUACAACAGCAGUCCAGGAGGUGAGCCUUCCGAGGAAGGACGUUUUUUUGCAACCCUCCUCACCGAGAGUGACACACAACCGGAGGCGCCAUGCCAGAUUCGACACAUCAUAGGCCUCUCAUUGCCUAGGAUUUUCAACUACUCCAGGCCGUCGAAAUGUGGCCUGGAGCAUUACCGUUGAUAGCAUUACUGGUAACCCUGCUACAUCCGGCAAGAUGUAUGCAGCAGAAGGUUAUAAACUUCAGGGAAGUAGAGAAACAAAUAUUAGACAGCAUUUUAGGACCAAAAAGUUACGACGCUCGUAUCCGUCCGAGCGGUAUAAAUGGAACAGAUGGGCCAGCCAUUGUGCGGGUUAACCUGUUUGUGCGAAGCAUAGCGACAAUUAGUGACAUCAAGAUGGAAUACUCUGUUCAACUAACAUUUCGAGAACAAUGGAUAGACGAAAGACUUAAAUUCGAUGAUUUUGGGGGGAAACUGAAAUAUUUAACCCUGACGGAGGCAAACAAAAUUUGGAUGCCCGAUUUAUUUUUUUCCAACGAAAAGGAAGGCCAUUUUCACAAUAUCAUUAUGCCCAACGUAUACAUAAGAAUCUUCCCGGAAGGAUCUGUUCUGUACAGUAUAAGAAUUUCACUCACAUUAUCAUGUCCAAUGAAUUUGAAAUUAUAUCCACUCGACAGACAAGUCUGCUCACUUCGAAUGGCAAGUUAUGGAUGGACGACUGACGAUUUAGUAUUUCAAUGGAAAGAAGGCGAUCCUGUUCAGGUCGUAAAAAAUUUACACCUACCUAGAUUUACACUGGAGAAAUUUCUUACAGACUAUUGUAACAGUAAAACAAAUACUGGCGAAUACAGUUGUUUGAAAGUUGAUUUAUACUUUAAGAGAGAGUUCAGUUACUAUCUUAUACAAAUUUACAUCCCAUGCUGUAUGUUAGUCAUUGUCUCAUGGGUCUCGUUUUGGCUCGAUCAAAGUGCUGUUCCAGCUCGAGUUUCACUUGGAGUAACAACUCUACUGACAAUGGCAACACAAACUUCUGGAAUAAAUGCUUCACUUCCGCCAGUCUCCUACACAAAGGCAAUUGAUAUUUGGACAGGUGUAUGUUUAACCUUUGUGUUCGGAGCACUAUUAGAAUUUGCAUUAGUAAAUUAUGCGUCUCGCAGUGAUAUACAUCGUGAGAAUAUGAAAAGACAGUAUCGAGAAAUGGAACAUUCAGCAUCGGUUGAUCCAACCACCGAACUAUUAGAAGCUGAUGGACAUAAUACUUUUGCUAUGGUCGUGGCUGUCCAAGUUCCCGACAAGAUCCAAACGAAUCGACGUCAUAGCACGAAUCCUCUUUCCACUGGUGUUCGCAUUCUUCAAUCUCGCAUAUUGGUCAACGUACCUGUUUCGCGACGAAGCGGAGAGCGAUUAAACAUUGAUGAGGAAUCGCUUGGAUCAAGAAAUGUGGCUCGCGGCCACCUCAAUCACUCCCAUUCAACAAUGCAUCGCUCAAAUUCCCAUCAACGUAAUUAUCAACAACGCACAGCAACAACAAAUCAUGAUAAUGAUGAUUUCGAUCGACACUAUCAUUAUCAUCAUCAUCAUCAUCAUAAUCAUAAUCAACAUCAACAUCGACAUCAUCAUCAUCAUUCAAGGCAACAUCGUUCACAUCAAUCUUUAUUGCAUUAUCGACGUGAUGCACGUUCACAAUCGCCAUCAUCGCCCUCAGGAAGUUUACGUGGACGUUCACCAAGACGUACAACUUCAAGAAUACGUUCAAGUAGUUUAACAUCGCGAAGAUCAACGCCAUCGCCAACGCCCACUGCCUCACCGGCCCAAACAACAUCGCCCUCACCACCAACACUUCUCAAAGGCGAGGAAUUAAAUCGUUUUCAACAUUUGCCAAUUGACAACAAAAAGGAUCGAUGUUUCUGGGGUCUAUUACCACGUGGAAAGAUGUUUCGCUGUCAUGCCGAUGGCAGUGCACGAAUCGAUGUUUGCGCAAGAAUUUUCUUUCCCCUGGUAUUCUUCAUCUUUAAUCUUGGCUAUUGGUCAUGUUAUCUCUUCCCCCACGAGGAUCAUACGAAUAUGCAUAAAUAAUUACGUAAUCAAGAGCGAGCAUUUGCAAAAGGAGAAUCUGUACUUGUGUGUUUUUUGUCCGAAUGUUAAAAAAAAAACAGGGUAAUAGUUUCCGUCGUUAUUUUCCCCGCCGAAGGGGAUGGGAGGGAAAUGGGUUUCUUUUAGGGAACAAAAACUAUUCAGCUCAAGAAAAGUGCAAUUCACAAUCGUCCAAAGCAAAAAAACAACCGAUUCGCAUUUGCCAUCAGAUCGGGGGUCUUUCCUCCAGGCGGCGAAUACGAUUUUUCCUUUGGACAGAAUGUAUUUCAAUUAUCGCCAUUCAUUCUAGAAUCAGUUAUAGAUGCUAGAAUCUGUUACAGAUUGUAGCAUCUAUUCCUUUCUUUCCUAUAAUUGAUUUUAAGACGAAAUUUUUUAAUGACAAUAAUUCUUUUUUAGGUUUCUUUUCGCCUAAGCGAUUCCCCUAUUCUCCCAAACUUUUUCUUUCUCUAGAUCCAAAUUUUCUUCCACUAUCAUUUAAAUCAAUCAUCGCAAUAAGCGUAAAUCAAAAAAAAAAGGGGAAAAAAUAUAAACUAUAAAAAAAAGAAAAAGAAAAUAACGACGGUACAAGCGGGGCGUGAAUGUUUAUCAUUAAAUGUACCUUUUAAAAAGUAAAAAACACGAUCAUCGGGAGACCGCGUGCCACUAAGUGAAAUUAAAUUUUCGGGCCCUGUAUAGCCACGGCCUGUUAUAAAAAAAAAAAAAUAAAUAAAUAAAUUGAAGAGAACAAAAAAAUCGUACACAUAAAAAUAAUAUAUCUACGUAUUGUCAAGUAACUCGUUAUAAUGUUAUAUAAAAUAUAAAAAAAAACAAAAAAAUUCUCCGGUCCUUCGAGAAAUUAAAUUUUUUGCUCACCCAGUGAAAAAAAAAAAAAAACUUCGAGUCCCUCUUUUCACCCAUAAUCUGUUAGAAAAUUUUCCAAAAAUUUCUCUAAUGAACAUAUUUCAAAAUUCUUUUUUAAAAAAAAAUUUUUUUUUUCCAAAAAAAAACUUUUUUAUAAAGCUCAAUAAUAUCAUACGCAAAUCUCGGUGGACCGGAGAAAAUCAUGAACACACGCGAUUCGAAAAUCGAUUUUCGCAAAGGGAAAAAAAAAUAAUAAAUAAAUAAUAUAAAGAAACGAAUUAAGUCGAGUGGUGAAAUUAGGGACUCUCGCUGAAAUAUUAAAUAAGAUGAAGAAAAAAAAAAAGUAUGUAGUUGAAGUGUAUAUAUCAUAAUUAUUACGUUCCAUGUCUCAAAAAAAAAGAAGAGAAAGCAAAAAUCUUUUAAUUCUCUAUUUUUUAAUUUUCUUCAAAAUUUUUAAAAAGAAAAACUGCGAAAAGUUUUUUAAGGAAAUGUAUUUAGAAAUCGUUUUUGUCCCAUCAUUACGCACAGGUGAAAGAAUAAAUUCUAUACUCUAUUCUUGUUUUUAAAGCUCAAUUUUAAAAUCUAUACAUUUUGUUAUAUUUAUUAUGUAGUCUAUAAUAUAAAAAAAAAUAUUUGUUAUUUUUCUUAAAUUGUUAUUAAAUUUAAAUUAAGUUAGUCGCACAGGUGAGGAGCGUCUCUCUAGUGAACGCACAAGCAAAGUGGGGAGCCGCUUCUCUUAUUUCUUUUUUUAACUCGAACAAAUUUCAAUAUUGAUAUUAAUUAAUAAUAAAAUUUAAUUAUUGUUAAUUAAUACAAUUUAUUAAUUAUUAAAAUUCAAUUUAUUAAUUAUUAAAAUUAAUUUACUAAUUAUUAAAAAUUCUCAUAUUUUGACCAAAAACCAGUUAUUGUGAAAUUAAACGAAAAAAUUUGUUUCGAUAUUAAUAUAAACGAAAUGUAAACAGGUAGAAGUUCCAGGUUAAAAUUUUCUUUUUUCUAAAAAAGAUGGGAUUUUUUUUUUUUUUUUUUUUUUUUUUUUAAUUUUAAUGAAAAUAUAAAGUAAACGCAGAGGAAAAAAAGAUGGGAUAUGUUUUGAAAUUCCUGCCUGGAACAUUCACUGUAGAUUUUAAAGAUUUACAAACACUGUACAUAAUUAAACACAAAUCAAGUUUUACAAGUAUUAUUAUUAAAUAUGUGCGAGAAUUGCAAAGGGGCUCAAAAAUUAUUUUCGCAUUUUAAUAUGACAAUCAACUUAUUACGAGGCUGUUUUAUUAUUAUCACAGAAAAAAAUAUCACAAAAAAAAAAAAUUCUAAAAAAAAAAUUCAGUAAAAAUGAAGUAAAAUUUUAUUAUUUGAAAAAAUUUAAUAAACGUUCGAUAAAAUUUUUAUCUUUUGGAAAAAUUUGAUAAAACUCAGUUGAAAAGUUUAUCUGUUCAAAACAUUUAAUAAACGUUAGCUAAUUUUUUUUUUUUUUUUUUUUUUUUUAUUAAAUACAGCAUUGCUCAAAAUAAUUCCCUUUUUCUGUUUUUUUUAAACUUCCAAAAAAAGCUAAUAAUAAAAAAGCUAAUCUCAUUGAAAGUAUAAUAAUUAUUACAAAUUUUUACGAAACAAAAAAAGUCAAAAAAAAAAAAAAAAAAAAAUAAGUUGACAGUCUAUUUACAAAAAAUGAACAGUUAUCGAAAUUAUUUUGAGUUCCUAUUGCAAAUAAAGAAAAGCACGCAUGUUCACGAUAUAAAUUAUACACGAUCAUACGAGAUAUUAUUAUAAAUAUAAUGUAAAACAUAUGCCGUGCUCAUUUAGCAUGGGCACAAUAACCAAUAUGAAUU